CAUACGGGAUGUCGCAUGCUGGAGCUCCUAUAUAAAGCUUCCCUUCGGUCAUAUCGAGAGAGACACUUUCAGCAGCAUCUUCUACGAGAGAACGUAUCCGCUCCAGCGCAGCAACGAAGAAAAUCCGAGAUGGCCAAGAAAUGUGCAUUAGUCGUUCUCGUUUUGUCGCUGGUCAUAAGCACCGUUCUAUGCCAAACCUUCACGUACAGUAAGGGAUGGACCAACGGGAAGAGAUCCGAGUUCCCGAGCUCGUUGGGUGUCUCCAAUCCAGGGGACGAACACUUCACCAACGGCGAACUGAGAAGGCUAAGGAUGCUGGUGUACGGGAACGUCGAUGAACAACCGCUGUUGAUUCAUUGCGAUUUGGUGGACAAUGGAAAAUUGAAGAAACUCGUUCACACGGACAAUUAUGUUCCUCAGCUGUGAUGGGAAAAGGGACAGAACGAUGACAAUUGCUAAAGCGGACAUUCGGCGUGAUGAUAAUCGUUACAUAAUAAUCGUGAUUGUUUCAAAGAAGUUACUCACAAUUAGUACGUAAUUCAGAGCUUUCUUAGUUUUAGUCAAAUCGAAAUAAAUUAUUGAUGCACAUAAA